GGCGACCAAAACAAACAGGCUUUUGCGAUUAUGUGGUCUCCUGGUGCUGCUUCUACCGCAGUCGAAGUCAUUCCUUGAUUUUGAGGAGUUAAAAUCUACUCACUAUGGUAUAGAUAUUGUCAACGUGCCCGUAAAAAUGGGACAGGAAGUGCCUGGCAGUGUUGUGCAGCUGAGUUCAAAGUUCGGCCAGGCGUACCAGUGCAGCUUCCCAAACCAGGUGGAGCAGGAGAAACAAAAGGAAGAGGAGGAGAAGCUGGCCCUGGAGACCGGGAUACUGCAGCUACUGAAGCCCUUCAAGACACAGGGCUGUCUUUUUCAAACUAAAGACUGGUGGAGUUAUGAGUUUUGCUAUGGAAAGUUUAUCCGACAAAUGCACAUUGAGGAAGGAAAAGUCAAAGGCGAAGUCAUUUACCUUGGCCAUUAUGAAUCAGAUUUUGAUUGGGACAAUGAGACUUUAAAGGACCAGCGCCUGAAGACCAAGAGCUUCCAGAGCAAGUACCACAGUCAGAGCUAUACAAAUGGUUCUAAGUGUGAUCUUACUGAGGCAGGGCGCAGAGCUGAUGUCAGGUUCUUCUGUGAGGAAGGAACAAGCGACCACAUUGCCCGUAUAGAUGAGCCAGAGACCUGUGUGUACAUUGUCACCAUAUACACGUCACAUUUGUGCAACCACCCCUACAUGAAGCCCCCUACCCCGAAGAAGCCAGUCCCUAUCACCUGUAACCCUGUGGUGUCGGAGGAACAGUACCUGGAAUAUCUCGCAGACACAGAAGCUGAAAAGGAGAGGAAGCAGUUGGCGGAGAAAGCAAGGGAAGCUGCAGCUGUAGCGGCAGCAGAAGCAGCAGCAGCAGAAGCAGCAGCAGCAGAGGCAGCAGCAGCAGCAGAAGCAGCAGCAGCAGAGGCAGCAGCAGCAGAAGCAGCAGCAGCAGCAGAGGCUGCAACAACCACAACUGUAGCUGACGAUGUAGAUGCUAAAACAGAACCAGAAUCAACAGUAACUGACACAAGUGACUCCUCUAUAGAAACAGGCAUAGAAGCACCUCAGUCAGACCAAGCCGAGUCAAUCGACGAAGAACCCACAGAUAUGGACAGUAUAUUUGGACCCUCGGUGGAGUCCCUCAUGAAGAAAACACUCAGCAAUGAAAUGAAAAGUUUAGCAGGCCAGUCAACAGAGAAACCUAUUGAUGUCAAGCUGUCCUUCAAAGUUGUAAGAGAUCCAAAAGAUAUCGACAGCUUUAUCAAGGACAAUUUCAGAGCAGAAGGAGACGAAGCAGAAACAGAGGACUCUGGGUCGUCCAGGGCAACAGCCCACGGAGAACCAGAUUCAGAUGUUGUGUUGGAGCCAGAUGACGGCGUUCAGGAAGAUUUGAAACUUGAAGCUCAUCAGGUUGAGGAGGGUCCACCUACUGAUGUUGUGGGAGAAGAUGUCAAUAUGGAUGCAGAUGAAGAACUUAUGGAAGAAUUUGAUAAAGAACUGGGUAAUUUGAAGACAGCCUACAGAAACAAGAGGAACAAGUUUGCCAACAUGAAAAACAAAGUGCGCGACUCCAUGAAGCUGCAGUUUGAUGAAAUAAUUGAUGAGGCUGAGGAGAUGUAUGGAGAAGAGAUUGACAAGAAACUGGCCUUCAAACAGCUGGCAGGAACACUGGACAAACUCAUCACCAAGCUGGAGCACACAGAAAAGGAAAUUGACAAUGUUGACAGAGAACUAGAACAAUUCAACAAGAAAACAUUGACCAGUAAAAGUGAAGGAAAUCCCAGUUUACAGAAACCGAAAGGUCCUGGCAGCCAGACCGUGACAACAAGCAAAGACAGUCCAGGCACAAAGGGGGAUGUAGCAGACGAUGACCGGGUGAAGGUGCGAGUGACCAGAGUCAAGACAGGCGAUACAGUCAAAGAUGGAGUGGAUGUGCCAGAGGAACAGAAACAGCAGUUGGAGCAGACGGUCAAAGAUGAACUCAUCAAAGCUGGUUUGGACGCUGGAGGUGGGAAAAUUCAAGUAAAGAUCAUAACAACUGGUUACUAUGACAACGAAGAUGAUUCCAUACACAUACUAUCUCAGGAAGAUUCAUCGAAUUUCCAGAAUAUGAUUGUGGCUAUUUUGGGUGGAACCAACGAAGCAUCCAAAGAAGCAUCAAAGCAACAACAGUUAGAAGAAAACUACAAUUAUGUCUGGGGACAAGGCAAAAAUAAGAAAUCAAAAAGUAAUAUUAUUGACAAAGGGCAAUAGUAUUAUGGUGAACGUUAAAGAAUUCUAUAUUUUAUAUGUAUUGUUAGCUUUCCUGGUUUUCGGAUGUUUGGUGCCAGUGGUUGUGGAAUACUUGCCUGAUAUUACACAAGAUGAGUAUUCUAUACAGUCACCUAUUUCCUCCCUGAUCUGACAUAUAACAUUGAAUAUCUGUAACAAUGGGUAAAUGUCUGGGACAUAAAAUUAUAUACAAUCAGAGGUCAAUAUUUUGUGUUUGUGAUAUAUAAAAUGUAUGCAAUCAGUAACAGCAUUUCAGUACAAAAAAUUUAUUUAUCUAAACAAAUAAUAUACAAAGAAGAAUUCUCUUGCAGCCUAUGCUGAAAAUUUAGCUUUAAAGAAUUGUUCGAAUUGUCUGGAGUUAACAAAACAUUUUUGAAUUCACAGCAUCUUACAACUGUAACCAUUAUGGUUGUCAGAAAUUACAACUUCCAGUUUAAGAAACAUUGCUGCUGCUUCUGCUCAUGACUUUUAUCUAAACUGACGGCAUGAGAUGCAAAAAGUUGGAAUCUGGUGCAAAAAUGAAAUAUCAGCUGAAAAGAUUUUUCUCAACAGUGCUAGAAAAUGGGG